AUGAUGUUACAGAAUUUUUUUGGGGACACGUUUUUCGACGCUGAAGGAAAAUGUAAAGAUGCUGGAGGACAUUUGACUUCUAUUCAUAGCCCUGAAGAGAAUUUGUUUGUAGCUGGACUGGCAAAAUCUGGGUAUUCGAUCACGGAUUACCCAAAGGGUACAUGGAUAGGUCUGGCACGAGCCGAUUAUCUGAACAGUAACUGGACAGCUGAAUGGAUAUGGACCGAUGGCACAAAGGUUGACUUUCUGGCAUGGGCUCCGAAUAGGCCGUCUAAAAGUGCGGACAAAGAACGCUGUGUGCUGGUAUGA